AUCUUCUCCCAACAAAAAUCAAAGGUUCCCAUUCUGUAUUUGAGAGGCUGUUCGGAAUGGUUUGAUUAUGUAUUUUUGUACAGACCGCAAAAUUACCAGGUUUUAUUAAUUUUUUUAAGAGAGGAAAAGCGAUCAGUUCGGAGUAGAAAAAAUUAUUAGUUUCUAAAAAUGGGUUCCAAAAACAUAACAAUGCUUCUCAAUAUGAUUGGCUCCGGUUAUAAAUUUGGACGGUGCAUACCUCCAACUCAUUCUAGAAAAUUGAAAAGAUGUGUGAACGCAAACUACUAUCACAUUUCAGCCCAAAAGUUAAAAGAAAUACAAAAGCAAAUGAGCGAAGGGGACAAAAAGGAAUCGCAGAAAAGGCUGUUCCCUAGUUCUUUGAAUGACACCUCAUUAGAGGGCGAGAAGAGUGUUUCCAAAGGAGUUGAGAGGCCUGAUGAUCUGAAAAUCAGCGAAGUUGGAGAUUUUAUUGCAGACUCCUCCAAUCAGAAAGAUGUUGGGAAAAAUGAGAUGCCUUUAAAACUUGAAAAAGCAUCGGAAAGCUCUGCUCAAGUUGAUCUAAACACUGGAAAACUGAAAGCUGAUCAAAAAUAUGAGGAGAAACAAACAAAUAAGGUAAACGAGUUGGAAAAAGAAGCUAGUGUUAAUAUGAUGGAUUCAAUUAAGAAAGAGAUAAAGGGAAGCUAUUCAAGCUUAAGACAAAAAAAGUUGGAUAAAAACCCAUCGGAUUACAUAUUGUUUGGGUCUAGGAACCUGCAUGGGGACAAAGAGAAAUUGAACUCAACUAAGGAGAUAAACUCCAAGCCGUUCAAUAAAUUUGAUUCAACAUUCAACAUUAAAGUGGAAUCAAAUAAAUCUAGUGAAAAUUAUGUGGAGCCGAAGGAAAAUAACACGAAAGAAUUAAAACUUGAUGAAAAAGGUUCAAUUAAUGACGAGAAAAUAAAUGUAAGAACAGUGAAUGAGACAAAAGAUAUCAAUUCACAAGAGGGAAAACUAGCUUAUAAGAAGCAAAUUGACAUUGCUGAACGAAGCAUUUCAGAAAAGAAAGUAAUUGCAAUGAAAGGAAUGGCGAUGCUAGGAAAAGAAUCGACCUCUGGUGAAAAUUUAAAUACUUUGGAGAAGAAACAUUUGAGAACAUCUCCAAGUAUUCAGGAGAAUCCAAAAACAGCAGAUGAUGUGGAGGCGAAAAACGUCGCAUCUGCAAGUAAUUCAACGAAUUCUAUUGAUAAAAUUAAUAUGGAUAUGAUAAAAAAAUCCAAAAAUACAGGAAGUGAUAGCAGUGUCAAAGAAGACAAGCCUAGAACACUUGAAGUGGAUCGCCCUACUACUAAAAAAUAUAUGUUGAAUACAUUACUGGAUCCAAUUGCCAAGUCAUCGCAGAAAAAGGUCCAAAUGAAAGAGAGUUCUCCUCAAGGUGGAAGAGGUGAAUCAAAAGAGGCAGCCAGUAGCAAAAACCCAAUAACUAAUGAAAAAAUGACCGAUGGGAAACAAAUAGUUGAUAGAUCGAAUAAACCAAAAAUGAGUGGCGAUAGCAAAGCAGCAUCAAACGAUUUAUUAGUAAAAGUAAAUGCAGUGAGAACUUCAAAUGAAAACACAGCUCAGAGUCCAGAUAUUGCACCCAAUCAACAAGUUGAUCAGAAAAGUCAAGAUAAGUCAAACAUUGAAAAUAAAUUGAAUAUUUCUAAAGCAGAAAAACAUAAAAUGGCAGAAUCAAGUGAUUUAUUGAAAGAGAAUAUUGUUGACAUUCCAAUCAGUAUCUCAAUUGAUACAUCAACCAAAGAAGGUCUCAAUCGACAAGUUGACAAGACAAUUGGACAUAAGUCAAAAAUUGAUAAUAAAUUGAAGGCUUUCAGAUUGGAAAAGCAUGAAUCACCAAUUGAUUUAUUGAAUGAAAGUAUAAAAGAUUCAAACAAAACAAUUUUUCAAGCAUCUAAUAAAAAAGAUGAUCAUAAAAUAACUGCGAAAUCAAACGUUUCAAAUAAAUUGGACAAUUCGAAGAUGAGGCAGGUAAAAUCAGCUUCAAAAGCAAAGUUGGUAAAAGGCAAAGCUAAACCGAAGCCUAAACCUACACUUAAAGUUAAAUAUCGAUUGAAGGAAACUCUGAAAGACAAAAUGGAAAAGCUAAAUAAACAAGAAAAGAUGAAGAUACUGACAAGUGACAGUAAGAGUAGAACAGCUAAUGAAAAAGUUGAUCUCCAAUCAAAACCUGAGAAAAAAGAAAUUCAACUCCAUACAGAAUCAAAUAGGCUCACAGCUUUGACAAAACAAGAUGAAUUUCCUAAAGUUGGUAGCCAAAUUGCGGCAGUACAGCAGAAUCCACAAAGAAUUGACAAACAAUUACAACAAAGUAAUAAUACAGCAAUCAAGAAAGAUUUGAACGAGCGGGGAAUUAUGCCUUUUGACAGCAGUUACAUCAUGAAACAAUUAGCGAAGUCGAGGCAAUCUGAAUCAAUCGAGGACAUUCCUGGGCCAAAAAUAAUGAGAGCUUGCUCCAAUAUUGUCAAUGCCCUUCCAGUAAUCGGUACGCUGUCCAUCUCAAGUCUCAUGCGGUCCUACAACCGAUUGUGCCUUAGUUACGGAGACAAAAAAAUUGUAAGCAACAGAAUGAAGCCUUUGGAGAGCCUAUUUAAUACCCAUGGAGAUAUUGUUUGCCUGAACAUACCGCUUUGUGGAAAUGUUAUACUAGUGGACAAACCUGAGCUUAUCCAUGAAGUAUAUCGCCAGAGGGACAUGAGCCAAAUUAUGAAUUCAACUUUCGAUAGUUUAAACGAAGUUUACAAUGUACUCGGCAAGAAGAGGAUGAGAAUGGAUGCAAUGAGUAGUGUGGACGACCAGAUGACAUGUGUUAUUGAGCAUUUCGACCUCAAAAAUCUAUUCUGGUCUGCGAGUAGAUAUCACAAUUCUCUGGAAAAAAUAAGUGAUCAAUUGGUUGAGAGAAUCACCUUCACUCGAGAUAUGCACAAUGAGGUCCCUAAAGACUUCAUUAAAGAACUGAACAAAUGGUCUCUCGAAUGCAUGAUGCAAGUAUUGUUUGCCACUGAGAUUGGCUCUCUGAAAAGUACCAGCUACUUGGGGCAUCAAGAAACCGAUAUCAUUUUGAAAUCCUUAACCGAUGCCACCGAUGCUUUGAGAAACUGUGAGUCAGGAAUACAGCUAUGGAGAGUGUAUGAAACAUCCAGCUUCACAAAACUGACACAAUCAAUAAAACAUCUUGAAAGAUUCCUUUGCAAGCAUAUACCUUUGUUAAGGCAUGAGGCAAAGCUUGAACAGAGGCUGGAAAUGCUGCAAUCCAAUCUAGAAUCCAAACAGAAUGCCUCUUCGCUAAUAAGUGGUCUGAUAUUAUCAGGUUACGUUGACGUUGAUAAACUGUUGAAGAUCUGUAUGGAGACAAUGCUGAUAGCUGUUAAUACGACUUCAACAUCACUGGGAUUCGUUCUCUACCAUAUGGCAAGAAAUCAGGAAAAACAGAAAAUACUUCACAAGGAACUAAUGUCGGUGCUGCCUGAUAAAUCAUCCAAGUUAAAUCCAGAGGUUUUGCAAGAGUUGCCCUAUUUGAACGCCGUUGUACAAGAAACUCUAAGGCUGAAACAUCCCAUUCCAUAUUCGGUCAUGAGACUUCAGAGGAGUAUAGUGCUGCAUAAAUAUUACAUUCCAGCUGGAACUUGGGUGAUGACAGCGAAUGAAGUGGCAUGCUUGAGGGAGGAGAACUUCGAGGAUGCUCAACUUUUCAAACCAGAGAGAUGGCUUGAGUCUUCACCUGAAUUGUAUCAGGACACAAUCUCACCUCUACUAGAGGCACAAUUCGAACCGUUCCUUGGACGAGAUUGGUUGCAGAAACAGCUACUUAUUGGCACAGCUAAGGUUAUAAGAAACUUCAAUGUAAAUUACCGGUAUGGUGAAAUCGGCAAAGAAGGAGAAUUCCUAUCAAAACCUACAAAGCCUUUCCAGUUUGAAUUUUUGGAGCAACAUCUUUAGAAUUCAAUCUUUUGUAUAGUGAUCAUUGUGAAUGUCAUGUCAAUUAAAUUUCUUCGUUUCA